AUGGCUUUGUCAUCUGCUGAACGGUUUCGUAGAUUCAAGACUAAACUGCAGCGUGAAGGAAAUGAAUUAUUGUUAAAAGAAUUCCAAGAAAAAGAUGCUGUUCGAAAUCUUAAGAGUCACCAAUUGGUCAAACAAAAUCGAAUACGACAAGCCAAACGUCUAGUAAAGUUGGCUUCUGAAAAACUUGGUUCACAAGUAAAUCAAUUAUCUUUGUCAUCGGCUUCAACAACUGCAUCGAUCACGUGCAAAUGUGCUCAAACCUUAGCCAAGGCUGUCCACCGUGCAAAACGAGGCUUUCCAGUAAAUCCAACAAAAAAAGAAGAAAUUAUUCGGCAUUUGGCAAUGAAACAUGAAAUAACUGCAAAGCCUUUGGCAUUACCAAAAUUAAAUCAUCUUUCUGAAGUUACAAAAAGCAAUGUUAUACAAUUUUAUCAAUUAGAUGAAAUUAGCAGUGUUGCUCCUGAUAAAAAGGAUGUGAUUACCGUCAAAUCUCCUGAUGGUUCAAAAAUCAAACAUCAAAAACGAUAUCUUGUUAUGACAGUUUGA